AAAAGUUGCUUAGAAAUGGCCACUCUAUAACUAUAUUAAUAGUAGUUUUAAAUGUAAACCACCCAUUUAACAUCUAUGGCCGCCUUAAGCAUUCUCCCCAGUUAUUAUAUCAGUAUAAGAUGCAAUUUUAAUUUUUUAUGACAGCCAUACUUUGUCACCAGUGUGACAGAUAAAGUUCAAGCCUCAGUGUGACAAUGUGGGCAGGAAGGGGAUAUUACAGUUGUGUUUUAAUUACAUGGGCAGAAGUUUUCCACUGCCCAUAGAAACCAUUCAGCUUUUGCUGCUCUAGCACAGUUGGAAUCAAGAAAACAAAGUGUUAUUUAGUUGCUAUGUGUUACUGGGUGGGUGGAACCCUCUGCCCAUGUUGCUGCACAACUCUCAUAGUAAUUGCAUAAAAUAAGCUGUUAUAUAUAAGAGAAACCACAGGUAGAGACAAAUCGCUGACUGUAGACAGAGUCCUAAUAGCUCCACCUUUGUAAGGGCUUAAAGAAUUACAGAGUCCCCUCUAUCUCCAGUACUGACAAUCAUGGUGUGGUCUUGCAGUCUCAACCUACUUCUGCUGGCGGGAUUUCUGCCCAAAGCAUUUAUGGAGCCUCAUGCACCAGGACGAAAAACUGAUGCAGAUUUACAUGUCUUACAAUCACCCCCAUCUCUUGUGCUGACUAAGGGGGACCAAGCUAUUCUAAACUGUUCCUUCCCAGCUGGAGACCCUAAUGGAAAAGGUGCAGUCUCCUGGAACAGGUUCAGUUUGGAAGAAGACAGAAGCUCUGGCCGAGCUAUAUCUCUUGGAGGACACUUUUCCCUGGCUUAUCCUAGGACUUCGCUGGGCAAAGGGGAUGGUUCCUUAAUCAUCAGUAAUAUAAGCUGGGAAGAUGCUGGUAUCUAUGUCUGCAAGGUCUGGUUAUGGGGAAAGGAAGAGAAAGAAGGUAAUGGAACCCGGCUCGUUGUUUAUGGACAUCCAAACCAGCCAGAGAUUUACCUCCAGGUCCAAGGACAGAAAGAAGGAACCAUAGUUUUGGCAUGUAGGACAUUUGGUUUUCACCCAGCUCCGGUUAACUUCAGCUGGCAUAGUUCAGAUCUAUCGAUAACAGCUCUUGGACCAGCAGAGCUUUGGAAAUCGGAAUCUGGAGACUUUCAGUCCAUCCAUUAUGUGGCCAUACCCUGUAGCUCCACAUGGAAGACCUUCACUUGCUCUGUUAGACAUGUUUCCUUGGUGGAGCCGCUGAGCAGUAACUACACAUACGAUCCUGGGGAACACGGGCUGUCAGGGAACCAGCUUAUGGAAUAUCUCAAUAUCAUUAAAAUUUGCCUUGUUUUGGGCCUGCUAAUGAGCAUCACACUAACAGUUGGCAAGAGGUGUAAAAAAAGGAAAUAGAUGGACAUUUAGUUUCCAGAUUGCACCUAAAAUGGGCCAUGAGUUGUGCCUUUUCUACUCUACCGACCCAGCAGGACUUCUUGGAUUUAUUACACGGAACUGGAUACUUGAACAUGUUUGCCCACUUAAAAUUAAAGGCAACAUUCAUUAUGGAGCUGACAUUCACAUCGGUAUUGGGAGCCUUUUUUCUCUGACAUGUUUUCUUUAUUCAAAUUUUUAGAAGUUGCCAUUCUUGUUGGUUGUCUACAGCAGAAUUCCAAUUUUACUUUUGUGUCAAAACAGCUUGAAUUUUAGGAAAACAUAAAAUCUAUGAAAGAAACAAUACAGUUUGCUUGCGUGGGACCAGGAAAAAAACAACAACAAUUCCAGAAUGGAAUGGAAUGAAUAAUGAAGGUUUUACUGUAAUUGGGUGAUGAAAUAGUUUCAUAAUGAAAACUGGGUUAACAACAAGGUUAAAGGGAUACUGUCAUGGGAAAAAUGUUUUUUUUUUCAAAAAAUAUCAGUUAGUAGCGCUGUUCCAGCAGAUUUCCACUGAAAUCCGUUUCUCAAAAGAGCAAACAGAUUUUUUAUAUUUAAU